GCGCGGCAGUUGCAGCUGCAGCUGUCAAUCUCAGCACAGUGCCCAGCCCUGGCCCUGAGCGCUUGGAAGAUGGACUCGGUGGUGUUGAAGGAAGUGGCUGUGAAAUUCAGUCCAGAAGAGGAGGCUUUGCUGGACCCAGCGCAAAGGGACAUCCACAGAGAUGUAAUGGUGGCAUCGAGCAGUAACCUGGCCUCGCUGGAUGGCCACAGUCAAGAUGAUGUGGGAGGACCCAGCCCCCAGCAGCAUCAUGUGGAGCAUGAGAUUCCCAACAAUGAUAAAAUCAUCACACUCAACAGAAACCGUUCCUGGUCCGUCCUCAGAAAAACCUGUGAAGGCGCUGGCUCUGGACAUGGGCAGCAGGAUCAGGAGAUGCCUCUGAGUGGCCCUUUGGGGGACAGGCUCUGUGAAGGAAAUGAAGGACCUCAAGAUGAAGGAGGUUCGGGCCAGACAGAGAGGCCUACUGUGUGCAGCAGUGUUCCCACUGGAGGCGAAGCCAGGGAGUGCGCUACCUGUGGGAAAGCUUCUGAGAACCAACAAGGGCCUCGGCCUGGACACAGGCCACAUCCCUGUGAGGAGUGUGGACAAGCCUGCUGUUGUGUCUCAUGCCUAUACCCUCGCAAAACUGUCAUUGUGGAAGGACCUAACCUGCGUAAAAAGUCUGAGAAAGUGUCCGUGGAAAGCAUGCAAAGUCCUAGUCCUAAAAGGUCUCUGGAAUGUAAGAAAUGUGGGCAAGUUUUCUCUUGCUCAUCCUCUUUUAAGGGACACAUGAAAGGUCACAGAGGAGAGAAAAGCCAUGUGUGUGACAUCUGUGGGAAAACCUUCAGCUUCUGCUCCUACCUCAAACGACACAGGAGAACCCACACUGGAGAGAAACCCUACAAAUGUAAGGAGUGUGGGAAAGCCUUCCGCUCCCACUCCUACUUCCGAGACCACGUGAGGACGCAUAGCGGCCACAGACUGUACGAGUGCGAGCGCUGUGGGAAAGCCUUUGGCUGUUACUCUUCUUUCCGUGAUCACGUCCGGAUGCACACUGGAGAGAAGCCAUAUGAGUGCCAACACUGUGGGAAAGCCUUCGGCUGUUACUCGUCUCUUAGAGAACAUGGGAGGUCACACAGUGGACAGAAGCCCUAUGCCUGCAAGGAGUGUGGCAAAGCUUUCAGGUAUCCCUCAUCCCUGAGAACGCACUCGAGGACCCACAAUGGGGAGGAGUCUCGACUGUGUGAGCAGUGUGGGAAGACCUUCAGCUGCCGCAUCUACUUCCAAAGGCACCUGAAGACGCACAGCGGCGAGAGACCGUAUAAGUGUGCGCAGUGCGGCAGGGCCUAUGGCUUCUUUGCAUCCCUUUGUAUCCACGUGAGGACACACACUGGGGAAAGACCUUUUGAAUGUACACAGUGUGGGAAAAGCUUUGGCUGUCAGUCUUCCCUUCGAGAACAUGUCAGGACCCACAGCGGAGAGAAACCGCACCUGUGUGAGCUGUGUGGGAAAGCCUUCAGCCACCCUCAGUAUUUUCAGAAGCACAUGAAAUCACACAAGGAUGGGAAACAGUACGAGUGCAGCAGAUGUGGAAAAGCCUACCGCUGUGCCUCGUCCCUCCGUAUACAUGUGAGGGCACACACCGGAGAGCGGCCUUAUGAAUGCAAGCUAUGUGGGAAACCCUUCAAGUGCCAUUCGUCCCUUCGAGGACAUGUGAAAAUACAUGCCAGAGAGGGCCUAUAAGAAGACCUUGGAGCCAGGAAUCACAGUACCUGCCUUUAAGUCUAGCACUAGCACGUGGGAAGAAGAGGCAGGCGGAUCUGUGAGGAUUGUUUUGUUUUGUUGUGUUUUUCCUGUAGCCCCAGCUGUGACCUGGAACAUGCUAUGUAGACCAGGCUAGCCUCAAUCUCACAGAGAUCCACCUACCUCUCCCUCACGAGUGUUGGGAUUAAAGGUGUACACCAUCCCACCCAACCUGAUACUUGACUUAUUUUAUACAUGAAACCUCAGAGGACAGAAACCCUUGAAGUAAUUUUUGAGACAAGAUCUCACUAUUUAGGCCAGGAGAGCUUCAAACUGGAGAUCCUCCUGCCUCUGUCUCCUGAAUCCCAGUAUUUCACGUGUGCACUAGCACACCUAGCCUUCUCAGUUUUUAAAAAGUGGGUUUUUUUUUUAGUCAUUUUUAUUUUAUGUGCAUGAGUGUUUUGCCUGCAUGUAAGUGCACCAUGUGCGUGCAAUGCCCACAGAGACCAGAAGAUGGCGUUAGGCCCCCUAGAACUGGAGUUACAGACAGUUAGCUGCUGUGUGGUUGCUGGGAACAGAAUCCAGGUCCUCUGCAAGAGCAGCCAGUGCUCUUAACUGCCGGGCGGGCUCUCCUGCUCCCUUAUCAAAGGUGAGCAUGACAUCGCCUUCACUUUCCUUUUUAUCCGUUCUUGUCACUGUUGAGGAUCCCACUGACGGCUAGUCACAUACACUAGACAAGUGCUUUACCACUGAGCCCCAGCCCCAGCUCAGCCCUGGCAUGACCUGUCUUAUUGGGCAUUGCUAGUGUUUUAAUUUCUUUUUAUGUAUCUGAUAAAACUACCUAAU